GUGAGUUGCGCGCCCGCAGCGAGCCACCUUGGCAGAUUUGACCACACGAAGAGAUGGCGGCAAUGGCGCAGAAGGAGGAAUGGCCGACGUCGGCCGAGGACUACAACGUCAUCGAGAAGAUCGGCCAGGGCGCCUUCGCCAAGGUCAUGAAGGCCUACUGCAAGCCCAAGGACGUCUUUGUCGCGAUCAAGAUCAUGGACCUCGAGAAGAUCACGACGAGCUUUGAGGAUAUCCGGGCCGAAGUCCAGACGAUGAAGAUGACCAACCACCCGAACGUCCUCAACUGCUAUUGCAGCUUUGUGCACAAGGAUCAGCUGUGGCUUGUCAUGCAGCUCAUGAACAAGGGCUCGUGUUUGCAUGCCAUGAACCAGCUCAAGAAGAAGUCGCUCGGCGAAGGCAUGAAGGAGGAACUCCUCGCCGUCAUUCUCAAGGAAACACUUCAAGGGCUCCAGUACUUUCAUGAAAACGGGCAGAUCCACCGUGACAUCAAGGCCGGCAAUAUUCUGCUGGACAGCAACGGCCACGUCUUGAUUGCCGACUUUGGCGUCUCGGGCUGGAUGAUGGAAGGCGGCGAUCGCCGCAAGAACCGCCAGACGUUUGUGGGCACGCCGUGCUGGAUGGCGCCGGAAGUGAUGGAGCAAGUGCGCGGCUACGACUACAAGGCCGACAUUUGGUCGUUUGGCAUCACGGCCCUCGAGCUCGCCAAGGGGUAUGCUCCGUACGCCCGGUACCAGCCCAUGAAGGUGUUGUUGCUGACGCUGCAGGAAGACCCGCCGUCGCUCCGAACCUAUGACGACGAUGGCACGGGGCAUCAGUUUUCGCGCCAUUUCAAGGACAUGGUGCGCCUUUGCUUACAGAAGGACCCGGCCAAGCGGCCGUCGACGUCGACGCUGCUGAAGCACCAUUUUUUUAAGAAGGCGGGCACGUGCCCGUUUUUGGCCGCCGAGCUGCUCUCCAAGGUCGACGACAUUGGCGAGAGCUCGAUGAGCACGCAGUCGCUUCCUGGGUCGGGCCCUCUCUACUCCAAGGACGGCGCCGACGACGCCAAGUACGUGCCGGGCACGACGUGGGUCUUUGACGACGAGGACGACAAGCCGAAGGGCGCGGUGGACGACGACAUGGACGACUUUGCGUCGCAGUUUGACAAGGUCAGCGGCGAGACGUACCGGAAAGACUAGUCGACGCAAAUGGCAGUGUUUCAAGUUAUCACCAAACAUGGAAUUUGCUUGAUAGAAAGAAA